GGGGGUAUUGUGUAGGCGAGCGCCGAGCCGCGUUUGUCCUGCUCCAGGUGCCGGGCGAGCGAGCGCUGCUGGUUUGGGCGCCGGCCGGGGGGCUCGAGUGUCAGCGGCAGCAGUGGCCGGCCGCUCCGGUGGGAGGCCGAGGCACCACAGCGCGCGCCCGCUGGCCGCGAGAGCUGGCAGGGUCCGGUGUGCCGGCGGAGCACCAUGCACAGGGGCGCCCGGCGCCCUGACGACCCUUUCCGAGGAAAAGAGGCCGGGGCUGCGCUGGGGCGGCGGAGAGCAUGAGGGAGGCCGGCGGGCGGCUGAGCUCCGGGCGCUGCUAGGGAGCGGCGUGCGCUGCACACUCGCCGGGGCGCGGCGGAGGGCGUGGGGGAGCCGACCGCCGGGUGUUCGGAUCGCCGACGCGCACGCGAGGGGCCGGUGGCGACCCCGGCCCCGGCCGACAUGGGCAACGCCGGGAGCAUGGAUUCACAGCAGACCGAUUUCAGGGCGCACAACGUGCCUUUGAAGCUGCCGAUGCCCGAGCCGGGGGAACUGGAGGAGCGGUUUGCCAUCGUGCUGAAUGCUAUGAACCUACCUCCUGACAAAGCCAGGUUACUGCGGCAGUAUGACAAUGAGAAAAAAUGGGAAUUGAUUUGUGAUCAGGAACGAUUCCAAGUGAAGAAUCCUCCUCAUACAUACAUUCAGAAGCUCAAGGGCUACCUGGAUCCAGCUGUAACCAGGAAGAAAUUCAGAAGGCGUGUUCAAGAAUCUACACAAGUGUUGAGAGAACUGGAAAUAUCUUUAAGAACCAACCACAUUGGGUGGGUCAGAGAGUUUUUGAACGAAGAAAAUAAAGGUCUUGAUUUUCUAGUGGAGUAUCUGUCAUUUGCACAGUAUGCAGUAACUUUUGACUUUGAGAGUUUGGAGAGUACUGUGGAGAGUUCGGUGGACAAAUCAAAACCCUGGAGCAGGUCCAUCGAGGACUUGCACAGAGGGAGCAACCUGCCGUCACCUGUGGGCAACAGCAUGUCCCGCUCUGGAAGGCAUUCUGCACUGCGAUAUAAUACUUUGCCAAGCAGAAGAACACUGAAAAAUUCAAGAUUAGUGAGUAAGAAAGAUGAUGUUCAUGUCUGUAUCAUGUGUUUACGUGCCAUCAUGAAUUACCAGUAUGGUUUCAACAUGGUCAUGUCUCAUCCACAUGCUGUCAAUGAGAUUGCACUAAGCUUAAAUAACAAGAAUCCCAGAACAAAAGCCCUCGUCUUAGAAUUGUUGGCAGCCGUUUGUCUUGUCCGAGGGGGACAUGAAAUCAUUUUAUCAGCCUUUGAUAACUUCAAGGAGGUUUGUGGAGAGAAACAGCGCUUUGAGAAAUUGAUGGAACAUUUCAGGAAUGAAGACAAUAACAUAGAUUUUAUGGUGGCCUCAAUGCAGUUUAUUAAUAUUGUAGUUCAUUCCGUGGAAGACAUGAAUUUCAGAGUUCACCUCCAGUAUGAAUUUACCAAAUUAGGCCUGGAUGAAUACUUGGAUAAGCUGAAACAUACAGAGAGUGACAAGCUGCAGGUACAGAUUCAGGCUUACCUGGACAAUGUGUUUGAUGUAGGAGCUCUGCUGGAAGAUGCUGAAACCAAGAAUGCAGCAUUGGAGAGAGUGGAAGAACUUGAAGAGAACAUCUCUCAUCUAUCUGAGAAGCUGCAAGACACAGAGAAUGAAGCCAUGUCCAAGAUUGUGGAACUGGAGAAGCAGCUCAUGCAGAGGAACAAGGAGCUGGAUGUUGUCCGAGAAAUCUACAAAGAUGCAAAUACCCAAGUUCACACAUUAAGAAAAAUGGUCAAAGAAAAAGAAGAAGCCAUUCAGAGACAGUCUACCCUGGAAAAAAAGAUCCAAGAACUGGAAAAACAAGGGACCAUUAAAAUUCAGAAGAAAGGGGAUGGGGACAUCGCCAUUCUGCCAGUUGUGGCUUCUGGCACAUUGUCUGCAGGGUCCGAAGCGGGAGUGGGUAGUUGUGUGGGGCCAGUUAUGGGGGCCACUUCCUCAGGACCCUUGCCACCUCCUCCUCCACCACUACCUCCAUCAUUAGACACACCUGAAGCAGUGCAAAAUGGUCCUGUCACACCACCAAUGCCACCACCUCCCCCUCCCCCGCCUCCUCCCCCUCCUCCUCCACCCCCUCCACUCCCGGGUCCUGCAGCUGAGACUGUGCCAGCUCCGCCUUUGCCGCCACCCCCUCCUCCCUCCGCACCCCCGCUUCCAGGAACAUCUUCACCUACAGUGGUUUUCAACUCAGGAUUAGCAGCUGUGAAAAUUAAGAAGCCAAUCAAGACGAAGUUCAGAAUGCCGGUGUUUAACUGGGUUGCCCUGAAGCCCAAUCAGAUCAAUGGCACCGUCUUCAAUGAAAUUGAUGAUGAGCGAAUUCUGGAGGAUUUAAAUGUGGAUGAAUUUGAGGAAAUAUUCAAGACAAAAGCUCAAGGUCCUGCCAUCGAUCUGUCUUCAAGCAAACAGAAGAUACCACAGAAGGGAUCAAACAAAGUGACAUUGCUAGAAGCAAAUAGGGCCAAAAAUCUUGCAAUAACUUUAAGGAAAGCAGGAAAGACCGCUGAUGAGAUCUGUAAAGCUAUUCAUGUAUUUGACUUGAAGACGUUGCCUGUAGACUUUGUAGAAUGUUUAAUGAGGUUCUUGCCAACUGAGAACGAGGUGAAAGUGCUGCGGCUCUAUGAGCGGGAACGGAAGCCCCUAGAGAACUUGUCGGAUGAAGACCGGUUCAUGAUGCAGUUCAGUAAAAUUGAGAGGCUCAUGCAGAAGAUGACCAUCAUGGCCUUUAUUGGGAACUUCGCUGAGAGCAUCCAAAUGCUAACACCUCAACUGCAUGCGGUCAUAGCAGCAUCGGUGUCUAUCAAGUCAUCUCAGAAACUCAAGAAGAUCCUGGAGAUAAUCUUGGCACUUGGAAACUACAUGAACAGCAGUAAACGAGGAGCAGUUUAUGGAUUUAAACUUCAGAGUUUAGAUUUGCUCUUAGACACCAAGUCCACAGACCGGAAACAAACACUGUUGCACUACAUAUCGAAUGUUGUAAAAGAAAAAUAUCACCAGGUGUCCCUGUUUUACAAUGAGCUGCAUUAUGUAGAAAAAGCUGCUGCAGUCUCUCUCGAGAAUGUUUUACUGGAUGUCAAGGAGCUGCAGAGGGGCAUGGACUUGACCAAACGGGAGUACACGAUGCACGACCACAACACCCUGCUGAAGGAGUUCAUCCUCAACCAUGAGGGAAAGCUGAAGAAGCUGCAGGAUGAUGCCAAGAUUGCCCAGGAUGCCUUUGACGAUGUGGUUAAGUACUUUGGAGAGAACCCCAAGACAACACCACCCUCCGUCUUCUUCCCUGUCUUUGUUCGCUUUGUGAAAGCUUAUAAGCAAGCAGAGGAGGAAAAUGAGCUGAGGAAGAAGCAGGAACAAGCUCUCAUGGAGAAGCUCCUGGAGCAGGAAGCUCUGAUGGAACAACAGGACCCAAAGUCUCCUUCCCAUAAGUCAAAGAGGCAGCAACAAGAAUUGAUUGCAGAGUUAAGAAGGCGGCAAGUGAAAGAUAACAGACAUGUGUAUGAGGGAAAAGAUGGUGCCAUUGAAGACAUUAUCACAGCCUUAAAGAAGAAUAAUAUCACUAAAUUUCCAAAUGUUCACUCGAGGAUCUUAGAAACCAACCAUAUAGAAGAGCCGAUGCGGUGAGGAGAAGUGUCAGGCGGCGCUUUGAUGACCAAAACUUGCGUUCUGUUAAUGGUGCGGAAAUAAUGAUGUGACUCCCAGGAACCUGCCUACGUGAAGAGGGCGUGCAUGAAUGAAAACUGCCCACAUAAACUUUAUGUGCUAGUAUUUAACUGCAGCCUUGAACACGGAUAAAAUAUUUUUAAGGGCUCAGAUUUAGCAACCACAUAGAAAUAAUGAUGGGCUUUUCUUUCAAACCUUGUUAACAAGUGCCUAAAAAAUGGAAUACCUGCUCAGAUUAAUCAAAGCAAUAGGAUUUGAUUUGAUUAGGUAUGUUUUUUACACCAAUUAGUUUUUUUUUUAACCAAAAUGUAAAUUUUGUGUGAAAUUCAUUACCUGUCAUUUUGACUGCGCCAUGAUGGUCUACCCUGGUAUCCUGAUAAAUUUUAACAUGGUUGCAUUUGCUAUGGGCUUCCUUUGCUGAAACGUCUUUUAAGGAAUUUUGUGUUUCAGCUAUAUUCAUCCAGUUUUGUAUUUAUAAGGACUUACAAGUGUCAGACAAGUCACAUGAUGAACUACUUCUGUCCAUUACCUGAGCCCUGGCAAAGCGCAAAUGAGAUGCAAAUGCAGUAGCACAGAAGUUAGUCACUUAACUUUGUCUCUAGUGUCGCAUCUUCCUUCUGUGCUAGGGUAUGAUGGUAACCAAGAUGGUUACUGGGAUGAAUGCAAGGAUGUGAUGGCAUAAAAUGUCGUCUUGAGACUUAACUGCAGUACUGUGUUCUUCAGCUUAAGGCAGCUUUUUAAAAUAAUGCAAAUGUAUUUAUUAACUGGCACUAAUUUAACAUCUCAGUAUUAGGAUCUACCUAUAAUGGUCUUCAAAAAUCCUAAGAGUAGAAACUGGUGCCUUCCUA